AUGACCUUCGGCACCGCGAAUAGUGGGACGUACGGGCACUGCAAAAAAGACGACGCAUUCGGUAUGCUCGACGCCUUCUACAGCAAAGGCGGGAACUUCAUCGAUACGGCCAUCGGCAUAUCGGAUACCCCAGCCUGGGUUGUCUCCAAGGCGAACGAGUACGCGAGGCAGAAAGGACCGCGGCAAUUCGUGGUGUACCAGGGGAUGUGGAAUGCGACGAUGCGCGACUUUGAGCGCGAUAUCAUCCCCAUGUGCCGAGAGGAAGGAAUGGGUCUCUGCCCUUAUGGAGUCCUUAACCAAGGCCGCUUCCAGACAGAAGAGGGUUUCCGGAGCGUGAAAAACACAACGAGGGGCGGAAUUUAA